GAAGAAGUGCAUCGUAGACUAGAUAAUUUUGUGCUGGUAAUCUGUGACUUGGAAAAGAAGACACCCAAGAGCAGAGUACAGUCACUUAUCUGUGUACUGUAGAAUCAUCGGUGUUCAACUGUGUCGGGUGGUUGCUGAAUAUAAUUGAAUUAAUUUGAAGUAACUGCAUAAAGAUGUCUGAGAAAAAACCUGUGAAUCCUAUAAAAUAUUUCUUAUCUGGUGGAUUUGGUGGAGUUUGUACAGUCGUUGCAGGCCAUCCUUUAGACACCAUCAAGGUGAGGCUGCAGACUAUGCCCAGACCUGCUCCUGGUGAAACUCCAGCAUACACAGGAACAUGGGACUGUGCCAAGAAGACUGUCAAAAGAGAAGGGUUUUUGGGGUUAUAUAAAGGAAUGGGUGCACCGAUUGCUGGAGUUGCACCAAUAUUUGCAAUUAGCUUCAUGGGAUUUGGAGUUGGAAAGCGAUUACAAAUGAGCUCACCUGAUGACAAACUGACUCUGACACAGCUAUUUCUUGCCGGAGCAUUCUCGGGAAUCUUUACUACUUCUAUAAUGGCUCCAGGAGAACGCAUCAAGUGUUUACUUCAGAUUCAGCAGGGUGGUACUGCGCCUCCUAAGUAUGCUGGUCCAGUUGAUGCCAUAAAACAAUUAUACAAGGAAGGGGGCAUUCGGAGCAUUUAUAAGGGCACCUUUGCCACCAUGCUAAGAGAUGUUCCAGCCAGUGGCAUGUAUUUCAUGACAUAUGAAUUAGUUCAGAAGCUCCUUACACAGAAUUCAGAAAGUGGUCAGAUUGGAAUAUUGAGCACCAUCUUUGCAGGAGGAAGUGCUGGUAUUGCUAACUGGAUAGUUGCAAUGCCUGCAGAUGUGCUCAAAAGCAGACUACAAACAGCUCCAGAAGGCUCAUUUCCUAAUGGGAUCCGUGAUGUCUUCAAGGUCUUAAUGAAAGAAGAAGGGCCUGUAGCUUUGUACAAAGGAGUUGUUCCUGUGAUGUUGCGAGCCUUCCCUGCUAAUGCAGCCUGUUUUAUAGGUUUUGAGCUGUGCAUGAAGUUCCUUGACUUUCUGGCACCCAACUACUGACCUUGAUGGGGGCCUUAUAAAUAUAAUUGCUCAUCGCCUUUUUCAGUAUCACUGGAAUUGAAUUUUCUCAGUUGGCUGCCAUUACUAUUCGAUAGUAUGUGGACCUUAUGAAUCGGAGGGGUUCACAGUUGUUAGAUUACUGCAGUAAAAAAUUAAGGCAUGGAAAUUGCGUUAUAAACUUAGUUGCAUAAUUUUUUCAAAUUACCCAAAAAAUGGCAUUUCGUCACGUUAGUAAUGGAGAUUGAGCAUGACAGGAACAUUAUUAAUCUGUUAAUACAGAUGCAUACAUAUAUUAGUUAUACAUACUAGGAGUAUAUAAUUUUGUAUAAUAAAAGUUGCAUCAUACAGAUUCUAUUGUCAGAAGCUGCAGCACAUUUAGUCAAGGUACUGUAUAUUUAAUACAUAAAUAAUGUCCAAUUUUAUGUUCAGUGAGACCAUGUUUGCAGUAAUUUUUUGAGGUUAAGUAGGUAGCCUAGUUUCUAGAAAUAUGAACUGGUGCUGUGUUCUUUUUUGUGAUUUCUUUGCUUCUGCUUACUCAAUUAAGGACUGUCAUUGAACUAUUCUUGGCAUGUGAAUCCCUCUGGGAUAUAAACAGAAUAAAAUAUUAAUUUUAUAUUUAAAUCAGUCUGUUGGCAUUUUUACUUGGUCUUCCAUGUCACAUGCCUUGUUACAUAGACAGGAAAAGAUGUCACCAGAGUUGCUGAUUGGUCUCAGGACAAAACUUGUAUUUUAUUCUGUAAACUAUGAUGGGGACUUCUAGUGAGGGGUUUGUAAAUUAUCAGUACUGUGAAUAUUAUAAUAAUCUUUCAGCCAGCGUGUAAGUUAGGCUGUUGCUUUCUCUUUGUGCGUGUCAGUGAAUAUUUAAAGUUACCGUUGAACAUGAUUUUGGAAAACUUGUGUAAAUGUGUACUUUCCACAAUGCAUCUAUAAUCAAGCAAGUUCGCUCUGUCUUGAGCUGAAUUCUCAUGUUCACUAUAGUGACGUAUAUUUUAAAUGGUAACUUUUCUGUGAUGUUUGUCGACUGAUUGGGAUUUGUUUCUAUUUUCACUCCUUCGGAGAUACCAUAGUAGUGCCAUGAACCGUAUACCAACAUCGCCACCUUUUCUGAUUUGCCAUAUAUAAUACAAGGGGCAUAUACAAAUGAUUUAGACUAACCUGAAUUAUGUGAUCCUCUGAUGGUGGUGGCUCCCAGGUCACACUUUGGCCCGUUCCACAUAUUCUCCCUGGAGGUUGAUGCACCGCUGCCAUCUCUCUGGCAAUUUCUGUAUUGCCUCACGUAACCAUUGUUUGGGGAUGUCUUGUACCCACUCCCCGACAGCAUCAUGCAAGGCCUCACUAUCGGGGAAUCGGUGACCACACAGGGGAUUCUUCAUCUCACGGAAGAGGGCAUAGUCACCUGGUGCCAGGUCGGGGGAAUAGGGCAGGUGUGGGAGAAUGGUGAACUCCAGUGACUGCACGUGCAACUGUGUUCAUUUCCCUGAUAGUGACGUCUUACAUGCUGUCAGGGAGUGGGUACGAGACACCCCCAAACAAUGGUUUUGUGAGGCAAUAUGGAAAUUGCUAGAGAGAUGGCAAUGGUGCAUCGACCUCCAGGGAGAAUAUGUGGAUCGGGCUGAAGGGUAACUUGGGCGCCACCACCAUCAUGGAUCACAUAAUUCAGGUUAGUCUAAAUCAUUUGUAUACGCCCCUCGUAAUUUGUCAUAAUUCUUAACCAGUAUGUUAUUCAAAACUCUAGAAAAUAUUUGUAACUGUAGUUUUCAGAAGACUGAGUGCUUGAAAGUAGUUACCAGAGCAGACAUUAUUACUUCAAAUAGUAUGGCCUUUAUGUAAACUGAAUAUUUAGCUCAGGAUUAUCUUCAGAAACCUCAAAACUACAUCUGUUUUGUUGAAUCUCCUCUCAGUAACUGUUUUGACUUCUUUUUAUAUCACUGUGGCAAGAUACGAUCUUUCAGUCCAAAGAAAAUUUUAAACUGCAAGUUUGUUAUUGAAAAAAAACCCAGCAGAUUAGAUAGAUACAAAAUGUGUAGAGUAGUGAAUUAAUGGUUUGAUAUGUGUAUUGCACUAGUUUGAAGAUGUUUAAUGGUAGGAUUCCUAGUUAUUAUUUCUUCUAGUCUGCAUAAACAAAUUUGAAUAUUGUAACUUGAGGGAAAUUCUCAGGAAGCCACUGUCUGCACAAAGCUCAAAUUUAACCAUAAACAUACUUAAAGGUAUGUAAUUUGAGAUACAUUUUUUUAAAAAAGAAUGUGGGAAUACAAAAAUAAAUAGAAUAACAUAUUUUAUAAAUGAGUGUUUACAAACAUAUAUUUAAAUUGUUUUAAUCUACUAUAUUUUUAAGCUAUAUUUAAAUGACAGGGUAACAUCAUAUGUAAGAAUCAUUGUGAAUUGUACAUUUUAAUUCAGAAGUUUGUUAUUGUGUUACAAAGUUUAGUAUGGUUGAAGCUGUUCUGUAAUAAGUACAGCUGGAAUUUUUUCUCCAUGACUUGGCAAGCAAACUUGAAUUUCACUGCUCUGUUCAUUAUAAAUUUAUAAUUCCAAAGUCAGGGGUGUGUUUGUGGUAACUUACUGAGUGGGUCUUUGAGACAGACGAGGAACACAAAUAGUCAGGGUGAGUUGCAUGUCUGUUAAGGAUCAAUAGUUGUUGAACAGUCUUUUUCAGUCAUAUUUUGGGAUGAAAUCUAAUUCAUAAAAUAUGUCAAAUAAUGAAAAUAAGAAUUAGAAUAAAUUAGCUAACUCUGAAGUGAUAUGAAACUUUCAUUGUGACCAAACCCAAUAUAAUCCACAGCCACAUGAAAUGGUAAAAUGAAAUCAUCGGCUUGGGAACCAUUUCCAUCCAUAGCAUCAGGGAUUUGACUGGAUGCCCUGAACAUCCCGUGUUUUAGGCUGGAGCCACAUGCCCCUUCAUAAUUCUAUGACGGACAUCACGAUGUGCGUUACAAUGGACGUACUUUGUACGGUCGUGUGGCCCCAGCCUUAGCUGCCUGAAACCAGCGCUUGCAACUGCGUGCUAGCCUGUCGGAGUUAAUGGGCAAAGUCAGGUGCUUGCUUUGCUAGCAAAACAUAAAUUUGUAUUGAUUCAGCUAUUGGAGACAUUUGACUAUGCACUUCACUGUACAGCUUGAAAUUCUGUCCAGAACUGAAACCGAAGAUAAACGUUUUCGGCAAGGCAUGGCACAGACUUCCACUGCAACAGUUUUGAGCCGCCCAUAAAGGUCAAUCAGACACCAUGUAUUUUGCCAGACCCACUGAAUGAGUUUUCAUUUAGUUUGAUAUUGGGGAGAUUUACUAAAACUGUCAAAACAUUUCAAUUUUGUUUGGAACCAAAAAAUACCAGACAUGUUACGUGAAGGCUGAGACACGUUUCUGCAUGCAAAAGUGACUGCGUGGGGAUCCGCAGCCAGUUUUGCAAGCAGCGUAAGUGUUCUGUUGUUCAUUAGCUCCCAUUGGCAUCAAUUUGUCUUAAUUUAUUAAUAUUGUAAUGUCAUGGAUCACUGUGGGAGCACCGGUGUGAAGAUUUUCAGCGAAAUAUGUGUGGUUGAAGUUUGCUGCCGCAGAAAGUAUACAAACAUGAACAAAUAUACAAGGCACUUCUUUUUGUGGGAAGCAACUUGCAGUACUGAUUAUAAAGUUAGUGUAAAUGAAUAUGUACCAGUGUAUACAUUUUUUGACCAGCCGAGAAGAACUGGAAUAGGUUCAGUUACACCAGUUUAUUAUUCACGCUUUACAAAAAUGCUUUUAUUUUAGUGUCCCAGGUAAAUGUAUGGUGAAUGCUGAAGCAGAUAUAAAAUCUGCUUGACAGAAGUGCUUUGCAAGUCAGUAGUUAUGUAAUAUUGUUUCUUAGAUUCACUGUUUAUAUUGUUCAGAAUUCACUGAUUGUUAUGAGUUUCAUAGAUGUAGUGUAUGACCACAGUCAUUUUUCUUUGGUAUUUGUGAUUUUGAAUUCAAAACGCACCAAGUACCUGAGAUUGAACAUGUAACAAAAAAUAAAAUUUGUUAUACGAUU